AUGCUUGGAGCUGUAGGCAUCGUAUGUGCACAAGAGCAUCCCUAUGGCGACAAUCCUCCCAGGGUCAAUCCAGACUAUUGCAUUGGGUUUCGCAUUACCUAUCCAGCCGAAUCCAACAAGACAUACCACUUUGGUGAAAUGGCGCAUGUGGCCUGGGAGGUAGACCAUGACUUGCCUAAGCCCCCGGAUGUGAUUACCCGCAUUCGUAUAUUGAACAAAGAUCAACAGAAUACUCAAACCAUCGGUGAAAACAUCACCAUUCAUACCUAUGACAACAAGGGAGUAGCCACCUUCCCCAUUCUUGUGCAUGAUUCUGUUGAUUUACAACACUAUCGUAUCAUGGUGAAUUAUCCGGGCAAUGCUGUUCAUUGUGUCUUCGAAUCACUUCCGUUUAUUGUUGAGCACCGCACUGUUGAGCGAUACACUUCCCUGGAUACGCCAGCACCACCAUUCGCUGUUGCCAAUGCAGUUCCUAUUGAUGCCCAUGCUGCUGCUCAUCAUCACUCUACCAACAGAAUACGGGGCUACAAGAGACAUCAUAUAUGA